GGUAUGCGCGCCGAUGCUGCGCACAGCUACCAGCAGCGUCCCAUUCCCCAUUCCUUCGCUGGCUUUUCUCCGAGCUGCGUCCCGCUCUGCUCUCUGCUCACCUCCUGCACACUCACCGAGCUCCCAGCACACCGAUCCCAGCCAUGUCUCCCAGGGUUGCCGUAGUAACAGGCAGUAACAAGGGCAUUGGCCUGGCCAUAGUCAGAGCGAUGUGCAAGCAGUUCCAAGGAGAUGUUUACCUCACCGCCAGAGACAGCGGUCGCGGACAGGAAGCCGUGGAGUCUCUGGUGUCCGAGGGACUCAAGCCCAUGUUCCACCAGCUGGACAUCAAUGACCUGAACAGCAUCACCACCGCAGCUGCUUACUUCAAAGACAAGUAUGGAGGAGUGGACGUCCUCGUCAACAACGCUGGGAUAGCAUUUAAAGUGGCCGACACCACUCCAUUUGGCACCCAGGCUGAGGUGACUCUCAAGACAAACUACUUUGCCAACCGAGACAUGUUGACUCACUUCCUGCCCAUCAUCAAACCUGGAGGUCGCGUGGUGAACGUCUCCAGCUUUGUAGGCCUCCGCGCCCUCAACCAGUGUAGCCCCGCCCUGCAGGAGCGUUUCCGUAGCGAGGACCUGUCGGUGGAGGAGCUGAACGGGCUGAUGCAGCGGUUUAUCGACGAGGCCAAGAGGGGCGAGCACAAGCAGGGGGGCUGGCCUGAUACAGCAUACGGAGUGUCCAAGACGGGAUUAACGACCCUGUCCAUGAUCCUGGCUCGUCGUCUGUCUAAGGAGAGACCGGGUGACCAGAUACUGCUGAAUGCCUGCUGCCCAGGCUGGGUGCGCACAGACAUGGCCGGGCCCAAAGCCCCCAAGUCACCAGACGAGGGCGCCGAGACUCCAGUCUACCUGGCCCUGCUGCCGCUGGGAGCCUCCGAGCCUCACGGGCGCUUCGUCUCUGAGAAACAAGUGCAGACAUGGUGAAGGAAUACAGGGCUCUGAGGUGUGUGUGUGAGAGAGAGAGAGAGAGAGAGAGAGAGAGAGUAUGUGUGUAUCUGUUAAUGCUUCCACAUCAUCACCUCCAGAGAAAAUGGAUUUCAAACUCCACCAUCUGAGAAAUGUAACGCAGCAUCACUCGCUCAUAUUACAGCUAUUCAAGUUUGGAAACAGAGUGCAGCACUGGGAACAAAAACCAGAAUCAGCCCCAGCCACCUCUGUUAACAAAUUCUGUUAAAUUAACUCAUAUGCCGUAAUAAUCAUGAAAUAUUUUUGCUAACUGGAAAUCCUGGUGUCUUGGUUGAAGCUGUAUAUAUCCUUUUUCACUCUGCCUUUGAUAAAUUGAACAGUGUGAAUUUUGCCUUAAAUGAAAAAUUUGUCUUAUUAGAUGGGAAUAAAGUGCUUGAAAGAGAACUAAAAUGUGUGUCAGUCAAAUGAACGGCUCCAUCCGGCAGUUUGGAGGAGGUGCAGCAGUAAACUGACCACUGGAGCUGUGGUGACAAACUUUCUGCUGGUUAUAUUCUUUAUGACGCACUACUAAAGUUAAGU